AUGCCUGGCUUAACGACACGCGAUUCGUUCGUCCUCAAAUCACUGUUCGAUCCUGAGGCUUCGACAACACCUUCACCAAAACAUGCGGCAUCUCAGACAUCACUACCAGGAAUGACAGAACAGGAGUUCGCGAUCCUCAGGGCAUCCGAGCUUGAGAUUCUCUCAGGACUGCAAGACAACACCUCAGAUGUCGACAUCAUCCAAGCAUCUAUCAAAGAUUUAUCAUCACUGAUUGACUCAUCACCUGGCUAUGCCUCCGCGUACAUCAACCGCGCACAAGCGACUCGGUUGCUCACAUCAGUGGAUGAUCUCUUCACGUCUGAUCAUGCCGAGAUCAGCGGCCAGCUUCUCCAAGACCUUCAGAAGGGCAUCCAGCUUGCGCAACCCAUUAAGCACGACGAACAACUCUCACCUCAUCGAAGUACUGUACUAUCAGCUGCCUACACACAUCGAGGCUUCCUGCUUCUCAAGAUUGCCGACAUCGUUCGCAAGGGUGAGCAGCUUUACGGUGUUGGCGACAUGCUUCAGUCGGCCUCCUCAGAAAGCAUAGACGAGCAGGCGAGCACUGACUUUGCUGCUGGAGGCCAUUGCGGAAGUAAGGAAGCGCGUGAGAUGGCUGUGAGAACGAAUCCAUACGCUAAGAUGUGUGGUGCGAUCGUCAAGGAGGCACUGAGAAAGGAGACUGAGGAGUGGAAAGCGAACCAGCUUUGUUGA